CCAACACGUGGACGUGUCAUCCCCUUUCAGCGAGUACCCUCAUUGGAAACUACACGCGAGCGUCUCUAUUCUGGCACGAGAAAAUAACGGUUUCCGAUUUGUACUCACAAACAAUAACGAUAACAAUUCCCAAAUGUUUUCCUUCUCUGCAGACACACUCUUGACACUGGUUUCGAAAGGCAGAGAGUUAGGGCUCCAUUUUGUGUAUUGGAAAGGUAGGGUUUUGAAGUUGAGAAGAUUAUGCAAAGCGGUGGGGAGGUAGGUAGGCGUAGAGGAGGAUGUGAUAGUGGCGGUGGAGGCGGUUAUUCUGUGCUUUGUCGGUCUUUGAGUUCGUUGUUGCCGAUUGACGGAAACCUCUCGUAUCGAAAGCUUUCUCUCGAUCUGUAUAAGCUUUCUAUUCUCAAACUGGAUGGCACUUCUUUUGAUGUUCAGGUUGCAAGGAAUGCUAAAGUAGCAGAACUCAAACAAGCAAUAGAGGAAGUUUUUAGUUUGUCAACAAACGAAGAUGAAGAAAACAUUUCAUGGUCACAUGUGUGGGGGCAUUUCUGCUUAUGCUAUGAAGGACAGAAGCUAGUGAAUGAUAAGGCACAUAUUCGAGAUGUUGGGAUUCAGGAUGGUGAUCAGCUUCAAUUUAUUCAGCAUAUAACAACUGACCGUAAUUCUAAGAAGAAACAACCUAAAAAAGAGAGUGUUGCCUGCAGACAGUCCCAGAUGUUGUUUGCAGGAUCAAGGCAGCGUGAUGGUGAUGGAACAGAAGACGAGGAGGAAAUUCCCAUGCCAGAGUUUAAGCUUGCUCACUUCUUGAAAGGGUGGCUCCCAUACUCCCGCGCACGGAGUAUGGGAAGAAGAGGUUCUGAAGGUAGGAUUUGUUCUUCAAGAUUUGGUGGGCGUUGCCUAGGAGUGAGAUGCCGACCGGGAAUCAUACGUCUUGGAGCAUGAGUAGGAUCCGACCAACAGAAAAAAAUAAAUAUUAGCAGUGGCAUAUCUUACAUAAUAUGCCUGUCAAAGCCAGGUUUCUCUUGAGCUUAAAGUGUUCCACGUGCAACUGUAGGUUUAGUUUUUCCUCUGAGGAAAUUUUGGUUGCCAUGGCCAUAUGACAAUUUGAUGUUAAGUUUUAGGUUUUCCCCCCCAACUUCUGGCAAUUAAAAAUAUUAAAAAUAUCUUAUAAGCUUUUCCACUGUAUAUAAGUCUGCAAAAUUUAGUAAAAGAGAGACUGUUUUUUA